UGCAAAAAAGGAGAGGGGGGAGGGGGGGAGUUCGCCGCGGCGGCGCAGAAGCGCAGUUCGCCGGCGACCUCGCCGCCACAUCUGCCUGCGAUGUCCCUCGUCCGGAUCGUGCCUGCGAAUGCAGGUCCCUACGUCGUGGCGCCGCGGGCCACCGUCGUCCGCUUCAUCACCUUGCGCUCGACCGUCGCGCGCCCCGGCCUCGCAGCAAGAGGGAUGCGGGUUACGCGUCGUCUCCCCUCGCGGUGUGCACCCGAGGCGCCGCCGCCUCCGCCCGACGUGCUGCCGCCUCCGCCCGACGCCUCGCUGCCGCCACCGCCCGACGCCUCUCUGCCUCCACCGCCCGACGCAUCUCUGCCUCCACCGCCCGACGCCAGGGAAUCGCCGAGUUGGAUCCCAUGGUGGCCAAAGGUGUGGGGCGAAGUGAAGAGAAACUGCUUCCACCUUGGUAUCAUGGCUUUCUGUAUCGGGGUUGGCUAUCUAGCCACAAAGGAAAACCCGGAGGCUGCCUACUUAGUUACCAUGUGCGACAAGGUUGAGAAGCUGUACAAGUUGCUCUCUCGCUUGGUUCCUGUUUUCACUGCGAUUCUUAAGUGCUUCAAGUGAGAACUGAGAAGGAGGUCGAGAUGUAGUAUGAGUUUUGUGAGGUUGUUUCAACCUUUGGCCAAACUAGUUAGCGGGAUAAACUUGAGAUGCAUUUCCUCUGGCUCCUCAAAAAGACAGUAGAUAGACUGGAUUAGAAGGAUUCGUUAUCCAAAAAUUCGAAUUCAUUUCUUGUUUCCGGAUGAUGGAUUGGUGCUUUGUUAAUGCUGGAUGCUGUCAUAGAUUUCCAACACUACUGUUUAUAACUCCCCGUACAGUGACCAUGCUCCUAUUUUUACCAUUUCCCAACCGGAUGCUGUUAAAUAUAACAAACCUUCUAAGUUUGAGAACUUGUGAUUAUUUUAAAGUGAUUUCACUUUUUUAUUUGAGAACCUGGACCAGAUGGACUUAAUGUGGCUUUCUUCCUUUUGGCUUGGAAUUGGAUUGGAGACAACAUCACCAAACUGGUUCAAACUUUCUACAGCCAAGGUAUGCUUCAUGCCUUCAUCCUAGUUUAAACAAAACCUACAUUGCUCUUAUUCCGAAAAAAAGUUAAUGCUAAUUCUCCCUAAGACCUUAGACCCAUUAGCAUAUGCAAUGUAGCUUGUAAUCGUCAAACUUUGGCAAAUAGGCUUAAAGAUCACCUCCCUGAUCAUAUUCAUGAAAAUCAGCAAGCUUUUAUCCAGGGUAGGAGAAUUUCAAAUAAUGUUAUUAUUGCCCAAGAAAUCCAAUUGUCCUUGUGGAAACAUAAAGCAUUUAUGUUAAAAAUAGACCUAUCGAAGGCUUUUGGUAGAAUUGAGUAAUCAAAAAUUCAUGUCGUCGUGUAUGAUGUGGAUAUUUUUUUCUGAAUGAUGAGCAUAUGUGUUUGAUGGUUCUGAAUUUUUAAUUGCUGCAGGCAGGUUCUUGCCACAUCCCAUGGGAAUAGUCAAUUUUUGUACUACUCUUUGAAUCUUCUGGUAGCAGAGUACUUGGUUUUAUCAAGUUCCUGCAUGAUUUUUUGUUCAUGCGGCCACUUUUUGUUGGCACUACUCAAUUUUGUGUUUUUUUUUGUUUAUCGAAUUUAAGCUCACGGAGGAUCUACUAAUGUGCAUAUUAUUGUUCAUUUGUUUUGUGUUAUAGAUAUUUUGAUUACUGCAAAUUAUCUGUGCAGAGUUCUUUUGUGGUGUAACAUUGUUUUUCUUUAGACAGGAGCAUUGUUAAUCAAUCAUACCGAUCCCUAGAAAGGAAAACAAAUCGGGCAGGAAAGUGCAAUCUGGGUUUAAUCGGUUGAUGCUUUAGUGAUGUGCACUUCUUUUUGACGAUGCAUAUGAGGUCCUUGUGUUGUGCAGCUGUUAUUCUGAUCCUUGAUUCAUGGAUUUGGUUGGAGUACUUAAACACUAAUUAAACAGGAAAAAAGGUGUCCCUUAAUCUUGUAUCUGUGCUGCUAAUCAUGCAUUACUGCCUGUGAAAUGUGCCACAUGAUGCUUAGCUUUUACAGAAGAUAUCGAACCCUUAAUCCUGCAUAUGUGCUGCAAAACCUGAUCAUGCUCUGUUGGCUUAAUUUUGUGGUCCUGAAGGUGCUUUCAAACUAUGCAUUGGUGCAUGUGUCAUGGUAGUGGAAGUUAUGAACAAAUUUUUAUGUCACCCUGAAAGAUCAUUCUUCGCAUUGAGAUGGUGAAUUUCUUAUUUCUUAGGAUAGACAAAUUUGUCAAGGAAUAUUUGCUACAAAAAAAGGGGCAAAUCAGUUGCGCAAGAUUUUGUUAGCAAAGAUAAUAGCUGUCAGGGUUUGGUUCAUCCCUACAGUUACUAUGCUCCCUGGAAAAGGGGCUCUCUCCUGUGUCGGGCCAUUGGGGAGGGUGUGGGCCAACUCUGUCCGCUUCUGGACUUUGUUUCCUCUCUGGGCGGCCCACCUGCCAGACUCUAGCAUUUUUUCCUUUCAAGUGUCGUUGUGGCAGGAUGGGAAACGAGGGAUCACGGCUGCGCCCGGCAAAUGCAGCGUAUGUUCUCUCUGGUGGCGGAGGGUGUCUGUGCAACGUGGCCCUGCUCCGUAUCAUCUUCCUCUUGCUGUCGCCUGGUCUGUCCUGCGGCGUCUUGCCCUGGUUCUGGCUGUGGUUGACCGGUUGGUACUUUCCCCUCCCUUUUGUUCCAACUUAGGUUUUCUGGGUCUCGAUUUUGGGGGCUGCCGGUGGGAUCGAUUUAUGCGUUUGCAUGAGGUUUGGUGGAUUGGGACAGGGGAUUGACGCCUCGUUAUUAAUUCGGUCAGAAAUUGCGAUUGCUUCCUUUAGAGAUCUGUGAGUGUUUUCAUGUGAGGGGAAUAUUGAAGAAGAUUAGACUGCCUUGCUUGCGUCUGGAUGCUCACGCACUGAAAUUUGUUAAGUUUGUUCAGCUUCUAUUGUCCAUUCAUUAGUGGUAGCCAUUUGUGCACCCAAGCACCCUUUGUUGACUCUACUUGGUUUCGUGAUGGUUGGCUGUUUAAAUUUUUCUUCUAGAUGGCUGAUGCUUCGCGUGUGGCUGGGCGGUGUGGUCGCAAGCGCCCUUGUAUUUCUUUUUCUGCCCAGCUGUUUUUUCCUUUCCUCAGCCCCUAUUGCCAUAUGCAUAACCAAAAUAUGUCUCAGUUUACCCUGAUACGUUGAAGGGAAAGAGACUACACAAGCUGACUGUACACGUACUUCUUACUCACAACUAUACUUUUACAUGUGCACUAUUAACUUCCCCUCAUUUGUUUUAAUAGUAGGCUUACUGAAAAGACUUCACAUUCAUUUUAUUUCACCUGAAGAUAACAUGAUAGGAUGGUAUAGAAGGUUAUAGUUAUAUGUGCUAUGAGCUUAUGAUUACCUGAUGUAACUGAUUGCAUUUUAUGAUUCUCUAAGUUGCUGCUUUAUCUGAUGUUAUGAAAACAACAGAGUUUAAGGAAAAUAAACCUUGCUGAUUGCUUUCUCUAGGAUUGCCAUCCCAAGCACAUGGUAGAUACCUUUUGUGCCGCGCGAUGGUCAUUAAGCUGAUAUCAUUAAUUUGGUAUGAGUUGAAUUCUGUUCCAUCAACCUGUCACACUUUACAAUGACAUGUGAGUCCGUCCGCUCCUGAUCUUUUCAACUAUUCUACACUUUUAUUGCACAUAUUUAUCUGUAUUUGAUCAAAUCAAAUGUACUUCCUUUAAUCCGGCAGAAUAUUAUUUGAGAUGUAAUUCAAAUAAUUACUCCUUUAUUAUUAUCUGAUGCAUUAUGGUAUAGUUAGCUUGAU